GGUUCCAAAGUCCAUAGGGGACAGAGUAAGGAACAAAUAAAUGAAGUUUGGAGAAAUCUCUAUCUUUCUUUGAGGGGUUCUUCUCUGGUGGCAUCAGAUUUGUGGAGAAAUGGAGUGUGCUACACCUGACCUAGGAAAGGUGGAUGGAAUGAAAGAGAUUAAGUCAGGCCAGAUUGGAGAAUAUUAAGCCAGAGAAGCAGAAUCCGGGGAGCAAACGAAACUAUAAAGAGACAUCGCCUUCAGGUUGAGAUGGCUUAGCAAAGAGAAACUCGGCGUUAGUGACUAGUGCAGCUGAGAUCAAAGAUCCCCUGCUCCUGAAUCGUCUGCUCUCCGGGGACCUGAGGGGCAAGAGGGCGAGCUGCUGCCAGGACGUUAAGAGUAAAAAGUGUCAGUCUCUUGUCCUCUCUUUAGGCUGAAGGAUCUCCCUUUCACUUCCCCUACCUCUAGUUAGAGAAUAGACCUUGUACGAAUUUGUUUAUCUGCCUUUUUUCUUAAUGAUAUAUUUCUGUUUCUUCCACUGUUUACUUUUGCUCAUUUUGAAACUAAAAUCGGUCAGAGUUCUAUUAAACUGAGGUUAGGCAACCGCAGGUAGGAAAUUCAGUCCCGUACACUUGCUAAACUCGGCUUCAGGACGAUGACGUCAAGGUGGAGGGACUCGUGAACCAGGAACUGGAAGCGACUCAUUUUUGCUCUCCACCACCCACACAUUGCUAAGUUAUGCCUUCAGAAGACCAUAAACUUGCGGGACAAGCGGGCUUGUGCCGGGAUCUUCUGGAGGGCUGAGCACCCAGGGAGACUUCUUGGAUCUGUUAGGAAGAAAUAUUUCCAGCUUUCACUCUUCUCCACAAUUCCACAACCUUCCUCUACAUAUCUGGAACACGUGACUUCAUUUGCCGAAUCAUCUCAUGAGGAAAAAAAGGAUUAAAAACAAUGCACCACUACAGAGUUUCGCUUCUUCUGAUUUCCUGGAAACCUUAGUCUCGAGUUCUCGUUCCUGUCUGGAGGAAAGAAUGCCGCACUUGGGUCCUCCCGGAGUAAUCCACUUUAAAAAAACUUUUCACCCAAAGAAUUGUUCAUGGAAUGUGCCUUUAAGUCAGUGACACAAGAGAGAUCCAGAUCAACAAUCAAUUGGAAAGACAACAUGAUGUUCUCAAAUAAUCUACAAAAUGUCAUCCACAAUCCGAUGAUUCCAUAUGUUGGAACACUCUCUGAGGAGCUGAGGCCUGGCAAGUUAAUUGUCAUCCACGGUCGUGUGCCUGAUGAUGCAGACAGGUUCCAGGUGGAUUUCCAGUGUGGCAGCAGCGUGAAGCCCCGCGCCGACGUGGCCUUCCAUUUUAAUCCGAGGUUCAAGAGGUCGGGCCACAUCGUGUGCAACACCCUGACCAAGGAGAAAUGGGGCUCUGAGGAGAUCACCUAUGAGAUGCCUUUUGAGAAGGGAAAAUCUUUCGAGAUCGUCAUUAUGGUUCUGAAGGACAAGUUCCAGGUGGCUGUUAAUGGAAAGCAUCUGUUGCUCUACAAAUACAGGAUUGAUCCAGAGAAAAUAGAUACUCUGGGAAUUUACGGCAAAGUACAGAUUGAGUCGAUUGGGUUUCGCAGUAACUUUUCUUUACAAGGAAUCCAAGAAACUUCCCUGGGAACGCCAAAGACAAAUUCAGGAAAUAUGCAAACACCUGAGGCAUCACAAUUUACACUUCCUUAUGUUGCAAGAUUGAAUCCUGUACUGAGCCCCGGACAAACCAUUGUUGUCAAAGGAGAAGUGAAGAAAAACCCAAAGGGAAGCUUUAAUAUUGACCUAACAGCUGCCAGUACAAAGGACAUAGCAUUGCACUUAAACCCCCGGCUAAAUACCAAAGUAUUUGUAAGAAAUUCUUUUCUCCACGAGAGCUGGGGAGAAGAAGAAAGAAGUAUUGCACAUUUUCCAUUUAGUCCUGGGAUGUAUUUUGAGAUGAUCAUUUACUGUUCUCCCAGUGCGUACAAAGUUGCCAUCAAUGGAAUCCAUGUGUUGGAAUACAAACAUAGAUUUAAGGAGUUUAGCAAGAUCGACACAUUGAAGAUCGACGGCGAUGUGGAUGUGUUAGAUGUAAGGAUCUGGUAGUUGGAGCCUCCCGUCCCGGAGGGGCCUUUUAACAUUGUUGUUGUGCAAUUCCUCUCCAUUGUCCAUUUCCUCCUCUCGUCCAGUUACCCUUCCUCCUAGGAAAACCGAGACAGGUAUUUCCCAGUUAUCCCUGCAGCAGAGCUCAGGAUGCUUUUUUUUAGGCUCUAAGUGGCCUCUGCGCCCUGGCUGGGGUUCUUAUGACCCACUUCUCACUAGUUUUCUCUUUUUCUUUCUCCUCUUUUCCUCCUCACUUUCCCCUGGGUAUUGCUUAACUGCCCUGGGGCAAUCAGGAUUAAAAAGGAUGGCUGUGGGGGCAGCAGGGUGGCUCUGUGGCCUGAGAGCCAGACCUAGAGACCAGAAAUUCUAGGUUCAGAUCUGACUUCAGACACUUCCUAGCUGUGUGACCCUGGGCAAGUCUCUUAACCCCCUUGCCUAGUCCUGACUGCUCUUUUGCCUUAGAACCAAUGCUUAGUCUCGAUUCUAAGAUGGAAGGUAAGCGUUUAAAAAAAAUGUUCAAUUCUCUUCUAAAAGAAUCCAAACUGAAGCUGAACUCCAUUAAUAGAAUCAGACUUUAAAGCUGCUAAUAAUCUGAGUCUCUAGUUUUGGCUUUCCAUGCUAUAUUUAGAAUGUACUUAAUAGCUAACUGGAAACAAUAAAAAAGCACGACUUGUAGCUAAUUCCUUUAAGUGGUGCAGUAGCCUUAAUUCAUCAGUUACCCGACUAGGCAAGCAGGAAUUAUGAAUCUCCUGAAGUCGCCAAGUCAUUUGGAUUUGCAUUGCACAUAUUUCUUGGGCUAGAAGUGCCGGCCCUGUUUUACAUGAUGAAAUCUUUGACGAGUAUGAAUUCAAAUACACAUGACCACUUUAGGGGAUUCAUUCCUCAGACCAGUCAGGACCCACCCGCAACACUGAAGGGCUAAAGUGAAAGGGGAAAAAAACAACCCAGUUGAUUGUGAAUCUGGAUUGUAGUUGUGGUCUGUGUAGUGUAGACAAAAAGAAAUAGGCUCCGGGUGGUUAUUUUGGGUAAGAGCAAAUGCUAGUUUCCAAAAGAUCUCCGCUUCAAAGAUGCGAAUGAUCUUCUUUCAUGCACUUUCAUUGAAAGUCCUUGUGGACGUACACUAAAAAUAACUUAGAGUAUGCACCAAUGAUGAUGCCAUUGUCAAGUGGCAUGUUUUUGCGAAUUUUAUUUCUAAUAGUUUUUGGUGGGUGAAAUCAGGUUUCUUACAUCUUAAACAUAUGUGCCAUGUUGAAUGUUGAUAGAACAGGUUCGUUCAGAAAAUGCACUACUGAAUUUUGAGACAAGAUGGUGCGGAAGAAAUGAUGAGCUUGUUUGUAUUCCCAAUAGCACUGGACCAUUCAUUCCCAUCUUGUCAUCAGGGACUGAGAUCCAAAAACUACUUACCUAAUGCGAUUAAAAUGAAACCUAUAUUAGUAAGCCCUGCUACAUUUUGAACUUCAGUACUAUUCUUCAAAGCUAGCUAGUUGGUGGAAAUUCAAUGUAACCAACUCACUAUAUAUCAAGUCUUAUUGUAGUAAAUUUCAAGGAGGUGCCUAAAUCAGUUUUUAAUGUAUUUGGGAAAUAUUUAAUAAAAUAAAAAUACAAUAAAACAUA